UUAAAAAAAUGGGAGAAAUAAAACAAAAAGGCGAACAGAAAAUUAAAUAUAAUCGUAAAAUAAUAAUACCUCGAAGGCAACCAUCCAUAGUUAUACCGGAACGAGUUCCUAUUUAUGUAACACCAGAUAAAACUACUUGUAUUGAAUGUGGUUGCUUCCCUAAUGAUCCUUAUGUUAAGAACAAGAAAUUACUACCAUGUUUGAAAUCUCCUUUAACAUUAUACGAAUUAUCAGCCAAAGUCGUUGAUGAUUUACAUUUCCCUGACGCGUUCACAUGGACUGCAGAAAAUGUUGCUGACUGGAUUUCAGAUAUAGGCUUACCACAGUAUAGAGAAUGUAUAUUGGUUAAUGAUAUAAACGGCCUCCGUCUUUUAAUGCUUGAAGACCCUUCAAAAUUACCUCUUAUGAAUAUACGCGAUUUCGAACACAUAAAGAUUAUAACGUCGAAAGUACGUCAACUUUACAGCACUGAGUUUAUAAGAUUUGCUCGUAGUAUCGGACUACCACCAAGGAAACCACUAACUCAUUGUACGUGGUUCAAAUCUAGGACUGGUCCUAGUUGGGGUAUUAGAAAGAAUUGGACGAGAUGCGACAUUUUACGUUGGAUGAAAAUAAUUAUGCCGGAACCUAUUUAUUUGGAUCAUUGGGAUUUAGUAUGGUAUCAAAAACCGGAUUUUCCAAAAGUUAAAUUCGGCAGAGUACAUAUACCUAGACGUAUUACAUAUAUACCUCAUUAUAUACCUAAAAGUGAGAAGACGACAGAAAGAUUGGUGAAAAGGAAAUUCCGUCUUCUAACCGGUCUAUCAGAGUCCCAACAGAAGAUUUGGGUAGAAGAUACGACACCAAAAGUGAAGAAGACCAAAAAAGUACAGAUAAAAACUUUCCAAGUAUCUGAUAGUUUGUUGCCUAAGAAGAUUAACUUAGCUGGUCUAACUGGAAGAAAUUUAAUACUGGCUAGACGGAAAUUACCAAAGACUAAGUUCAUGCCUUGAAUCAUCAUCAUCAGGUGUGGUACGUCUCCACUGAAGGUCUCGGAGCGUACCCUAAGUUAUUCACUAGACCAUAGUCUCAUGCCUUGAAUAAAAUGUUUGAAUCCCAAUAGUGUUUUAUUAUACAG